CCUUCCACACCUGCACCGGUGAUGCCCAUGCACAGGCUGCACAGCACAACUGCUGCUGCCGCGAGGCUAAAAACCCAUCUGCUCUCCUGCCGCGGCUUCCUCCGCAAGCACACCCGGGCAUGGGCAACAUUGCUGCGUCCGGAGGAGUGCAGGUCCGUCGGCGGCCGCCUGCGGUGGACGAGCGCCUCACGCGGCCGCGCCGCCUCGUCCGCGAACUACCCGACCUUGACGCCGGCCGCCUUCGUCGUCUCAUCCGCACUGGCGACCUCGCGCCUUGCUUUGACCCCGCCGAGGACGCCAGCGCCGGCCUCACCGAGGAGUGCCCGAUUUGCUUCUUUUUCUACCUGAGUCUGAAUAGAUCCAGGUGCUGCGGCAAAGGGAUCUGCACUGAAUGCUUCUUACAGCUGAUGCCAUCCGGGGCUUCUAAAGUUAUCCAGUAUCCUACUUUGCGACUUCCGAUCUGAACAGUUGGCUUAACAUCUGAUAUGUACACUGACUGUAGUACAUGUACAUUAUAUACAGCACUAGCUCUCGCCAUCGCCACUAGGUACUGCCCAACUGUGAGGGAAGGUGGAGAUUUCAGACUUGCAGUCGCAGGCUCGCGCGAUCGCGCACGUUUCUGCCGGCAGGAUUCGUUGGUGGUUUUGCGGAUCCCGAUGCCGGCUCAACUAGCGUAGCUGCGAAGGCCGGCCGGCCGGCCCUCGGAGAGGUUUGCGGGGAAGGAGGGCCGGGUCCACCGCCGGGGAUCUAAUCUAUUCCGGGGGGUGCCACGGAACCAGAUUGGAAAUGGGGCGCUCUGCUUCAUCCCGGGGUCGCUCGCUGUUCACUGGGAAUAAUUGGGCUCUUCCGGAUAUCGCUGUCAUGCUCGUUUGGUGCUCUCUCAGAGAGUACAUGUAUAGAGGAUAAUCACUAAUGCAGAGGUCUCGCUGUUCUGGGCGCGAGGCUAAGGUUCUUAAUGUAGUUGUUUCCAAUGACAAGUUCGUUGGACACUGUACACAGUAGUACUAUAGGCUAAUACAAGUUCUACAGGACUACAGGGGUCCUCGUCAUAUGCAAGUUUUCUUGGACACCUCAAAGCCAAUUUCACGCACCGUUAGCUAAUACCAACAUAUUGCCUGAAUCUGUACUGGUACAAUGUGUUAGGUAUUUAUCCCCAACCCUGUGCUUAAUGUUACUGAGAAA